UAUCCCCAAGUUCGGUGGCGAGGUUUAAGCACAUCCCAUUCCCAUUUCUCCACUAGGGUUUUACCAAACGAACUCGCCGCCCAGCUCUCUCCUCCGCAACAAAUCAGCAACACUAAACCCAAUGGCAGCCGGCGGCGGUCAAGCAGCCUUCUCCUUCCUCACAAACAUAGCGCGUACGGCUGUAGGUCUUGGCGUUAGCGCCUCCUUACUUUCCGCCUCUCUCUACACCGUCGAUGGUGGGCAACGCGCCGUCUUAUUCGAUCGCUUCCGCGGCGUCUUGGACGAAACCGUCGGAGAAGGCACCCACUUUCUCGUCCCCUGGCUCCAGAAACCCUACAUCUUCGACAUCCGCACUCGCCCCCACACCUUCACCUCCAAUUCGGGCACUAAAGAUCUCCAGAUGGUGAACCUCACCCUCCGCCUUCUCUCCCGACCCGACGUACCCAUGCUCCCCACCAUCUUUAAAUCUCUUGGUACUGAGUACGACGAGAAAGUUCUUCCAUCAAUCGGUAACGAGGUGCUCAAGGCUGUAGUUGCUCAGUUCAACGCCGAUCAGCUCCUAACGGAUCGUCCUCAUGUAUCCGCCCUCGUACGGGACGCACUCAUUAAACGCGCUCGUGAUUUCAAUAUCGUUCUCGAUGAUGUUGCGAUCACGCACCUCUCGUAUGGAUCGGAGUUUUCGAUUGCUGUGGAGAAGAAGCAGGUCGCGCAGCAGGAGGCCGAGAGAUCUAAGUUUCUUGUGGCCCGCGCUGAGCAGGAGCGGCGGGCUGCUGUUAUACGCGCAGAGGGAGAGAGCGAGGCUGCUAAGCUGAUCUCCGAUGCUACUGCAGCUGUGGGUACUGGAAUUCUUGAGCUUAGGAGGAUUGAAGCUGCGAGGGAGAUUGCUUCCACUCUGUCCAAGUCGCCUAAUGUCGUUUACCUGCCAGGUGGGAACAACAUGCUCCUCGGACUGAAUCCUACUGGAUUGGGGCAGGGUCGAUGAUGAAUUAGUUGCUGAGAUAAUAGUGGGAAGUACUUCGAUAAUCCGUCUUUCAUCAUCUUUUUUUGCUAAAUUUAGUUUUUCUGGUGCUUUAUUUCUGUGGUAAUAACCCUUCUGAGCUUUUCAAGGAUAUUGGAAAUUUAUCAGGCUAUUUCCAUGAAUUCUGUUGAAUUUACGCUUUUCAAUUGUUUGUCCAGAACUCUUUAUGAUCUGAAUGGAAAAUUAGCAAUACAAACUAAGGUAUAAUUGCCAGGUAGA